AUGACACCAGCUAAAAUGAGUAACCAAACAUUUGUCACUGAACUCAUCUUCUUGGGAUUUUCCAACCAUUCCAACCUACGGGGCCUGUUCUUCCUGAUUUUUCUGGUCAUUUACUUGAUAACUCUCCUGGGUAACAUGCUCAUAAUAACAGCCACGAAAAUCAGUCCUGUUCUCCACACUCCGAUGUACUAUUUCCUUAGCAACUUGAGUUUCUUGGAUAUCUGUUAUACAUCUACCACCAUUCCUGUCAUGCUGGUGAAUUUCUUCCGGGAGAAGAAGACUAUCUCCUAUGGUGGCUGCCUCUCCCAGAUCUUCUUCCUUGUAACCUGUGCUGGCGCCGAAUGUGUCUUAUUGGCAGCUAUGGCUUAUGACCGCUAUGUCGCCAUUUGUCACCCUCUUCGGUAUCCAAUCCUCAUGAGUGUGAAGGUGUGUGUCUGUUUGGUGAUUGGGUCCUGGCUGUGUGGCUUGGUGAAUUCUGUGACACACACAGCAUUGGCAGCCACACUCACGUUGUGUGGGCCCAAUCAGAUCAGCCACUUUCUCUGUGACAUCCCACUGAUCCUGAAGCUCUCCUGCUCAGACACCUCUCUCAAUGAAUCUGUGCUCCAUGUGGCCAGUGCCACCAUUGGCCUGAGUCCCUGCCUGUUUACUGCAGCAUCCUACACACUCAUCAUUGCUGCCAUCCUCAGGAUUCCUUCUGCUCAGGGCAGGAGCAAGGCCUUCUCGACCUGUGCCUCCCACCUCACCGUGGUGGUGGUGUUUUAUGGGACAGCCAACUUCAACUAUGACAAACCCAGCGAAGGCUACUCCCUGGACGUGGACAUCUUGGUAUCUGUAUUGUUCUGUGUUAUGACCCCCAUGUUAAACCCCAUUAUCUACAGUCUGAGAAACAAGGAGGUCAAAGGUGCCCUGAAGAAGCUCUCAGGGCUGUGUGUAUUUCCUGGAAGUAGUCAUGCCUAG